AGAACAAGUUUUAUCAUUGGCACAGUCACAGUGAGUGACCCAAAAAGUAUAUCACAGCUAACCUAACCUAUGAUUUUACUAACAGUAACAGUAAUUAUUUUGAUAUGGCCAUGAUAUGUCUUAUUUUCCUCCUUGGAGCUUUAACAGCUAAAAUCACAUCAGGAUACACCCACCCUUGUGCCCUGAGAGACUAUGGGGAUGAAAGGAAGGUGUGUGUUUGUAACGCUACUUACUGCGACACCAUCACCAGGAAGGAGAACACCAUAGACCGAGAUGAGUUUAUGACACUCGUAUCAUCCAAAGAUGGGCUUCGGUUCCAGAAGAAUAUUGGCAAAUUUAGUCAAAAUGAAACAAAACCUGGAGCUACGUCUAAUUCAGUUCUCUCAUGGCUGUUGGGUUCAAGUACCUCUGAAACAUUGAUAUUAACCAUCAACACCACAGUCAGAUAUCAGAAGAUCGUCGGUUUUGGAGGAGCUUUCACAGACGCGGCUGGCAUCAACAUUCUGAGCCUUGGUAAAGAAAUGCAGGAAAUGUUGUUGAGAUCCUACUUCUCAGACGAAGGCAUUGAGUACAAUUUGUGCCGGGUGCCAGUGAGUGGAACGGAUUUCUCAACUCACCCGUACUCAUACGACGACAACAACAGACUUCCUGACCCCUUGCUGAAGAACUUCUCGUUGGCCAAGGAGGAUCUCAAGUACAAGAUACCAAUGAUACUGCGAGCCCAAUCUAUGAGUAAGAGGAACAUCAAGUUAGUUGCCGCCAGUUGGAGCCCUCCUCCUUGGAUGAAAACAAACAACGACUUUUCUGGUCUUUCAUUUCUCAAACCAGAGUAUUACGACUCUUAUGCAAAGUACAUUUUAAGAUUUCUGGACGAGUACAAUAAAAACAACGUUACAAUCUGGGCAAUAUCGACAGGCAAUGAGCCGUCCAACGGAGUUCUACCCGUUAAACACUUCAACUCUCUCGGCUGGACACCUCUCGGGAUUGCCAACUGGACAACGCAUUAUUUUGGACCACAGCUGCGUAGUUCAACCCACAAUCAGACCUUGAUCCUCGCCUUUGAUGAUCAGAGGCUGUUCUUGCCUUGGUGGAUUGAUCUGAUGGUAAAGGCUAAUCGCCGUGUGCUUGACUUCAUAGAUGGCAUAGCAAUCCACUGGUAUUGGGAUAUGUUUAUUUCGGACAAUGUGAUUAAAGAGCUCCAUCAAAAUUAUCCGUCAAAAUUCCUGUUGUACACUGAGGCAUCACAGGGGGAUAAGCCGUGGGAGAAGAAAGUUGAACUCGGCUCUUGGGAAAGAGGAGAGGCUUACUUGGCAGAUAUUAUAGAGAACCUAAACGCAUGGGUAACCGGUUGGAUGGAUUGGAACUUGGCUCUUGAUGAGCAAGGCGGCCCGACCUGGGCCAAGAACUACGUCGACAGUCCGAUCCUAGUGAACGCCUCUGGUGGUGAGUUCUACAAACAACCGAUGUUCUACGCUAUCGGACAUGUGACCAAGUUCAUCGAGAGAGACGCUGAGAGGAUAGAGAUAUCUCCUAGUGACCAGACCGAGAUACAAGCGACAGCUGUGGUCAACCCUGACGCAAGAUUGGUGAUUGUCAUUAUCAACAAGGGUAACGUUGAAAAAAAUGUUUCCAUACAAGUUCCAAGGAAAGGAUGGAUGAACUUUAAUCUACCAGCAAGAUCAUUUGCAACAAUAGUUUGUGAUUUGAAAGAUUGAUGUUCUAAUCCACAUUUGUGUUGUGAAUAAAAUGUGGCGAAUCA